GUGCCUUCGGUCGCCGCCGACAUAGCUUGUUUCCUCUAGAUUUGUCUGCGCCACUUGCCCGCUACACUCUUGGCCGUCGUACGCCGCCAUCAUGGUGAAGCUCGCAAAGGCAGGUAAAAAUCAAGGUGACCCCAAGAAAAUGGCUCCUCCCCCGAAGGAGGUAGAAGAAGAUAGUGAAGAUGAGGAAAUGUCAGAAGAUGAGGAUGAUGACAGCAGUGAGGAAGAGGUUAUCAUCCCUCAGAAAAAAGGCAAGAAGGCUACUGCAACCCCAGCAAAGAAAGUGGUGGUUUCUCCAACAAAAAAGGUUGCAGUUGCCACACCUGCCAAGAAAGCAGCUCUCACCCCCGGCAAAAAGGCAGCAGCCCCACAGGCCAAGAAGAUGGUUACUCCAGUCAAAGCAGUAGCAACACCUGGCAAAAAGGGAGGCACACCCGGCAAAGUGUUGGUAGCAACCCCUGGUAAGAAGGGAGCUGCCACUCCAGCUAAGGGGGCAAAGAACGGCAAGAAUGCCAAGAAGGAAGACAGUGAUGAUGAUGAGGAGGAUGACAGUGACGAGGAUGAUGAUGAAGAGGAGGAUGACGAUGAAGAUGAAGAAGAGGAUGAAUUUGAACCAGCAGUGAUGAAAGCAGCAGCGGCUGCUCCUGCCUCAGAGGAUGAAGAUGAUGAGGAUGAUGAAGAUGAAGACGAUGAGGAUGAGGAGGAGGAGGAAGAGGAGGAUGACUCUGAAGAAGAAGCUAUGGAGACCACACCAGCCAAAGGAAAGAAAGCUCCUGCAAAAGUUGUUCCUGUGAAAGCUAAGAGUGUGGCUGAGGAGGAAGACGAUGAUGAAGAAGAUGAUGAAGAUGACGAUGAGGAUGAAGAUGAGGAUGAUGAGGAUGAAGAGGAGGAGGAGGAGGAAGAGGAGGAAGAGCCUGUCAAAGAAGCACCUGGAAAACGAAAGAAGGAAAUGAUGAAACAGAAAGCAGCUCCUGAAGCCAAGAAACAGAAAGUGGAAGGUAACUUUCAGAAUUAGGGGAUCAACCUCCAACUUCUGGGCUCAAGCGAGUUUCCUGCCUCAGCCUCCCAACUUUUGACUUAUUUACUUAAAAUGUUGCCUUCCUCUUCACCUUAAAGAAAGUUUGGCUAUGUGGAUUUUGAAUCUGCUGAAGACCUGGAAAAAGCCUUGGAGCUCACUGGUUUGAAAGUCUUUGGCAAUGAAAUUAAACUAGAGAAACCAAAAGGGAAAGACAGUAAGAAAGAUCGGGAUGCCAGAACACUUUUGGCCAAAAACCUUCCUUAUAAAGUCACUCAGGAUGAAUUAAAAGAAGUGUUUGAAGAUGCUAUGGAUAUCAGAAUAGUCAGCAAAGACGGAAAGAGUAAAGGGAUUGCUUAUAUUGAAUUUAAGACAGAAGCUGAUGCAGAGAAAACAUUUGAAGAAAAGCAGGGAACAGAGAUUGAUGGGCGAUCCAUUUCCCUGUACUACACUGGGGAGAAAGGUCAAAAUCAAGACUAUAGGGGUGGAAAGAAUAGCACUUGGAGUGGUGAAUCAAAAACUCUGGUUUUAAGCAACCUGUCCUACAGUGCAACAGAAGAAACUCUUCAGGAAGUGUUUGAGAAGGCAACUUUUAUCAAAGUGCCCCAGAACCAAAAUGGCAAAUCUAAGGGGUAUGCAUUUAUAGAAUUUGCUUCAUUUGAAGAUGCUAAAGAAGCUUUAAAUUCCUGUAAUAAAAGGGAAAUUGAGGGCAGAGCAAUCAGGCUGGAGUUACAAGCACCCAGAGGAUCACCUAAUGCCAGAAGCCAGCCAUCCAAAACUCUGUUUGUCAAAGGUCUGUCUGAGGAUACCACUGAAGAGACAUUGAAGGAGUCAUUUGACGGCUCUGUUCGUGCACGGAUAGUCACUGACAGGGAAACGGGGUCCUCCAAAGGGUUUGGGUUUGUAGACUUCAACAGUGAGGAAGAUGCCAAAGCCGCAAAGGAGGCCAUGGAAGAUGGUGAAAUUGAUGGAAACAAAGUUACCUUGGACUGGGCCAAGCCUAAGGGCGAAGGUGGCUUUGGGGGUCGUGGUGGAGGCAGAGGAGGCAGAGGUGGUGGCAGAGGCGGCCGAGGUGGAUUUGGUGGCAGAGGCCGGGGAGGCUUUGGAGGCCGAGGAGGCUUCCGAGGUGGAAGAGGAGGAGGAGACCACAAGCCACAAGGAAAGAAGACGAAGUUUGAAUAGCUUCUUUGUCCUGUGUCUUUCCCUCAUCUGUUUGAAAGAAAGGACUCUGGGGUUUUUACUCUGUUACCUGAUCAAUGACAGAGCCUUCUGAGGACAUUCCAAGACAGUAUACAGUCCUGUGGUCUACUUGGAAAUCCGUAUAGAUAACAUUUCAAGGGCGCUACCCUGUUGGUUUUGACUGGAUAUUCAUAUAAACUUUUUAAAAGAGAUGAGUGAUAGAGCUAACCCUUAUCUGUAAGUUUUGAAUUUAUAUUGUUCCCUUCUAUGUACAAAACCAUUUUUUCCUACAAAUAGUGUUUUUUUUUGUUUUUUUUUUGCGUUGGGGGAGUUGUAAAGGAAAAUGUUUUAUCAUGAUUUUUGCUUCAGUGGCUUUAGGAGAAAUUAAAAGUCAACUCUGGUGCCAGA